AUAGAUUCAACACUUCGAAGUCGACUUCACAGACCGUAACCGAGAGUCAUCACAGAUAAAGUAGUCAUCCAGCGAACUACCAAACUAUUCUUACACGACAUCGAAGCCAUCAGCUAUUUACGAGAGGGGAACGCACGCAGACACUUAUCAAAAAUUACCUGGGUAUUCAACGCAUCGAGACUAUCCAUGAGUUGAAACAAUCUUCGUUUCGACCCUAGCCCUACGCCCCAUGGCUAUGAACACCAUCACACCAACCAGCGGGAUCGACCUUUUAGUACGACAAGGGAUCGAACAUUUUCGAGAGAAAACAGAUCACGAAAAAGACGGAGAUGGAUCAACGCCCGCAUCUCCCCGAUCCCGCCGAUCCCGAGCCCGGAACACCGAUUACUCAUGUUUCCAACGAAACUCCGGGGAACACUCCUCCACCGCCGAGCCCCGUUCCUGGCUCCUGGAGCUCCCGAACGAGCUCCAGUACAUGAUUGCGAUAUACCUCAACUUCGGCGACAUGCAGCGUCUCCGCCGAACAUGCCACCACUUCCAUUACCUCCUUAACCCCGAAUUCAUCCGCGCACAUUUCGGCGGCGUACUAGCACGCCAGCUGGUCUCGCACUGUCGUUCAUGUCUCGAGCGGCCGGGACGUCAUAGUCUAGUCCUCUUAGCACCACGUACUUCUACCUCAGGCACCGAUGGACAGCCAAGCUCUAAAUGUUUCCAAUGCGCAAUCCAAUCCCACGAUCUCCGCGUAGGAACCACAGUCACGUUAGCGAAUAUGCGGUCAACGUGGGUAUGUCGCUGGUGCGGAUGGCCUAUCGGUGGGAUCGCAGGGCCGCCGAGUUGGGCGAAUGAGCAGUUUCAUGUCGCGUGUUAUGAUCGGUAUUACCGCGUUUUGUGGAUGUUUCUAUGUCUUGGGUUCGUGCAGUUCUCGGUGGGGGUUGCGGCGGCGGCGCUUUCUUUGAUAUAUUAUCGGAGGGAAUUACUGGUUUUCGCGCCGGCUAUUGCGAGUUUUGCGUUGUUGUGGAUGUGUAUGGCGUUCCUCGCGUUUCGGGGGAAUCGCGUGAGGACGUAUCAUUGGGUUGGCAUUCUGGAGCUUGUGAUUGUUGGGUUGUGGGUGCCGCCGAUUUAUGCGGUGGUUAAGGGGAUAGAGGCUGGAAAUGCUGAGAGGAGUGCUAUGGCGGCGUUGGGAUUCUAUGGGAUUAAUGUGUUGUUCAGGUUGCUGAACUUCAUCGGCAAUAUUGCGUUGAUGUACGAGUACGAUAUGACGAAGCAUUACGUGCCACAGUUACCUCUCAAAAGACGGUUGCUCAAUAUGCUUAUGGCUGGAUUAAUAUAUUGGACCUAUCCCCAGUGUGUUGAACAGAGAUAUCCUCCAGAUUACAAUUAAUAAGGGGGUAGUGUUAUGGGAAAUUAGUAGUAUAACAAAUGAUAAAUUCGAACAAAUAAACAUCAUCGCCCUUGGUACGAUAUAAACAAAUAUCUUCCUUAAAUUCUUGUGAUUCUGAUCUAAACGAUAAGCCUUAAAUGGCAAAUGACGCAUGAGAAAGUUCGCCAACACUACAAGUCGUCUUACCUUUAUACUAUUCGGAUGAUCGUACAUUUCUUUGCUCCUUCUGCAGCAGCUUAUCCGUCCAUAAUGCCAUCGACAUAGCUCGCCGCUAUAAUCCGGGAUUGUCUCUCAUCGACUUUUCGUAGGGGAAGUCCCCCCCAGCUAACACUCACACCAACCUCGUCAGACUCAGAGCUACGUCCAAGGUGCUCUGAGUUA